AUCCUGCUACUUCUUCACUCACACUACUCACAGGCUCACUGAAACUGAAACCGCUUGCAUAGAAGCCAAGCACCAGAGGCUAGACCACAAGUGGCUUGCUCGUAGAGUUUGAGCUAGCAGCUCGAGAUGGCACCGGCUUCGUCGUUCCCUAUCAUCGACAUGGGGCUGCUGAACGGGAAGGACCGGCCCGCCGCCAUGGACCUGCUGCACGACGCAUGCGAGAACUGGGGAUUCUUCCAGGUUCUUGACCACGGCAUCUCGACGGAGCUGAUGGACGAGGUGGAGAGGAUGACCAAGGCGCACUACAAGCGGGCGCGCGAGCAGAGGUUCCUGGAGUUCGCGAGCAAGACGCUGCAGGAGGGCGGCGGCAAGGCGGCGGAGAACCUGGACUGGGAGAGCACCUUCUUCGUGCGCCACCUCCCGGAGCCCAACAUCGCCGAUAUCCCCGACCUCGACGACGAAUACCGGCGCGUGAUGAAGCGGUUCGCGGUGGAGUUGGAGAAGCUGGCGGAGCGGCUGCUGGACCUGCUCUGCGAGAACCUCGGGCUGGAGAGCGGCUACCUCACGCGCGCUUUCCGCGGCUGCCAGGGCGUGCCCACCUUCGGCACCAAGGUCAGCAGCUACCCGCCCUGCCCGCGGCCCGACCUCGUGAAGGGCCUCCGCGCGCACACCGACGCCGGCGGCAUCAUCCUGCUCUUCCAGGACGACCGCGUGGGCGGGCUGCAGCUGCUCAGGGACGGCGCGUGGGUGGACGUGCCGCCCACGCGCCACUCCAUCGUCAUCAACCUCGGCGACCAGCUGGAGGUGAUCACCAACGGCAGGUACAAGAGCGUGCUGCACCGCGUGGUCGCGCAGACAGACGGCAACCGGAUGUCCAUCGCCUCCUUCUACAACCCGGCCGGCGACGCCGUCAUCUUCCCGGCGCCGGCGCUUGUCGCGAAAGAGACGGCAGGCGGGACGUACCCGAGGUUCGUGUUCGAGGACUACAUGAAGCUGUACGUCCGGCACAAGUUCGAGGACAAGGAACCCAGGUUCGAGGCCUUCAAGGCCAUGGAGAGCGAGAGCGCCAAGCUCAUCGCCAUCGCUUGACCACGACGACAGCAACCACCACCUUGCUCUGCUUCCGUUGAUGGUCGAGGACGAUGAGACAUUGGAUGCUUCAGAGUUCGUACGUACCAGUACUAGACCGCUGCUCACCGUGUUGUGUUGAAUAAUCGAGCCUGCUAUAUGCGCUAGGCGUAGCUAGGAUAUGUGUGUGUUUGUCAUUUUUCGCUGUGUUGUGCUGCUUCCGACCAGCAUGAGAGCUGUACUGUACCGUAUCUGUUCUUAUUUCCACAAACAUCGUAUCGAUUGUCUA